GCUGCUGGAGAAACCCCUCUCGCUUUUACUCAGGCAGCCGGUGAUUACGGUGCCCGGCUCGAUUUUACAUCGCCCGUCUUUCCUGGUCGUCGAGAGGAGUGGCUGCCCAUCCCGCUGGCUUUCGGGCAGCGCCAUGGCAGAGCUGGAGAGCUUGGAGUUCGGCAAAGCAGAUUUCGUGCUUCUCGACACCGUGUCUAUGCCGGAGUUCAUGGCCAAUCUCCGAUUGAGGUUUGAAAAGGGUCGGAUCUACACAUUUAUUGGGGAAGUAGUUGUUUCUGUAAAUCCUUACAAGAAUUUGAACAUCUAUGGCCGUGAUACAGUUGAGCAAUACAAAGGGCGUGAGUUGUAUGAGAGGCCACCUCAUCUCUUUGCCAUCGCAGAUGCGGCAUAUAAAGCCAUGAAGAGGCGAUCAAAGGACACAUGUAUUGUAAUAUCAGGGGAAAGCGGAGCAGGUAAAACAGAAGCAAGUAAAUACAUUAUGCAGUACAUAGCUGCCAUUACCAAUCCGAGUCAGCGAGCUGAGGUUGAAAGGGUGAAGAACAUGCUGCUGAAAUCCAACUGUGUUCUGGAAGCCUUUGGCAAUGCGAAAACUAACCGUAAUGACAACUCCAGCCGCUUUGGAAAAUAUAUGGAUAUCAAUUUUGAUUUCAAAGGAGACCCCAUAGGUGGACAUAUCAAUAAUUACUUGCUGGAAAAGUCCCGGGUGAUUGUGCAACAGCUAGGAGAGAGAAACUUUCACUCCUUCUACCAGCUUCUUCAAGGAGGCUCUGAGCAGCUUCUGCGAUCUUUGUAUCUACAUAAAGAUUUAUCUGCAUAUAGCUAUAUUAGUGCUGGAACACAACCAAAGUGUGCCAUUAAUGAUAGUGCAGAUUUCAAAGCUGUUGCUGAUGCAAUGAAAGUGAUUGGGUUUGGACCAGAAGAGAUUCAAACGGUGUACAAAAUCCUUGCUACCAUUCUGCAUUUGGGCAACUUGAAAUUUUCCGUGGAUGGUGAAACACCAGUGAUUGAAAAUGGCAAGCUAGUAUCUGUCAUUGCAGAUCUGCUCUCAACUAAAGCUGAUAUGGUAGAGAAGGCCCUGCUUUUUCGAACUGUAGCUACUGGCCGUGAUAUUAUUGAUAAGCAACACACAGAGCAAGAAGCCACUUAUGGCAAAAAUGCAUUUGCAAAGGCAAUAUAUGAGCGCCUUUUCUGCUGGAUUGUGACGCAUAUCAAUGAUGGGAUUGCAGUGAAAGAUUACAACAGCACUGUUCAUGGCAAAAAUACAGUGAUUGGAGUUCUUGAUAUCUAUGGCUUUGAGAUCUUUGACAAUAACAGUUUUGAACAAUUCUGCAUUAACUACUGCAAUGAGAAGUUGCAACAGCUCUUCAUUCAACUUGUUUUGAAGCAAGAACAGGAAGAAUAUCAGCGAGAAGGGAUUCCUUGGAAGCAUAUUGACUACUUCAACAACCAGAUUAUUGUUGAUCUUGUGGAGCUGCAACACAAGGGAAUCAUCGCCAAUUUGGAUGAUGCAUGCAUGAAUGUUGGAAAAGUCACAGAUGAAAUGUUCUUGGAGGCUCUUAAUAAGAAGUUGGGCAAGCAUGCUCACUUUUCCAGCAGAAAGCUUUGUGCUACAGAUAAAAACCUGGAAUUUGACAGAGACUUUCGGAUUAAGCAUUAUGCUGGAGAUGUUAUUUAUUCGGUCACAGGAUUCAUUGAUAAAAAUAAGGAUUCCUUAUUUCAAGACUUCAAGCGUUUGAUGUAUAACAGUUCCAACCCUGUGCUUAAAAAGAUGUGGCCAGAAGGCAAACUGAGUAUAACAGAAGUGACCAAGCGGCCACUGACUGCUGCUACACUUUUUAAGAACUCAAUGAUUUCCUUAGUGGACAACUUGGCAUCCAAGGAGCCAUACUAUGUCCGCUGCAUUAAACCCAAUGACAGGAAGUCACCACAGCUGUUUGAUGAAGAACGAUGCAAGCAUCAAGUUGAAUAUCUUGGACUUCUGGAAAAUGUAAGAGUACGGCGGGCAGGAUAUGCCUAUCGCCAAACAUAUGAAAAAUUUCUUCACAGGUACAAAAUAAUUCCUGAAUUUACUUGGCCAAAUCACAAACUACCAUCUGACAAGGAGGCUGUGAAGAAAUUGAUUGAGCACUGUGGGUUUCAAGACGACGUGGCAUAUGGAAAGACAAAGAUUUUUAUUCGCACACCACGAACACUCUUCACUUUGGAAGAAAUGCAUGCCAAGAUGCUUGAAUGGGUGGUUCUCUUUCUACAAAAGGUUUGGAGAGGUACAUUAGCUCGACUCCAAUACAAGAGGACCCGAGCUGCCCUCAAGAUUUUAAAAUGUUACCGUCGAUACAAGGUAAAGUCUUACAUCUGUGAGGUUGCCCGGCGAUUCCAAAAUGUGAAGUCUAUGAAAGAUUAUGGGAAGCAUGUGAAGUGGCCUAAUCCUCCAAAAGUUUUGCGACGGUUUGAAGAAGCUCUACAUGCAAUCUAUUACAGAUGGAGAGCACAUGAACUAAUCAAAAAUAUCCCACCCAAAGAUUUGCCACAAAUCAAGGCAAAAGUGGCAGCAUUGGAGUUGCUUAAGGGCCAUCGAGGGGAUAUUGGAUUGCAAAGGGUCUGGCAGGGUAACUACCUUGCAUUGAAUCCUGGUAAUUCUCAGGCUACAGGUUCAUUCCCCUCUGUUACUUCUGAGUUGCAACGCAAGGACAAGUUCAUGAGAAUUCUUUUCUCUUCUCAAGUUCGUAAGGUAAAUCGCUUCAAUAAGGUAGAAGAUCGAGCAAUUUUUAUAACUGACAGACAUCUUUAUAAGAUGGACCCUAUAAAGAACUACAAAGUGAUGAAAACUAUCCCACUGUAUAAUCUAACAGGACUGAGUGUCUCUAAUGGAAAGGAUCAGCUUGUGGUUUUCCAUACAAAAGACAACAAAGAUCUAAUUGUCUGCCUUGUCAGUAUGCAUUCACUUAAUGAGAACAGAAUUGGGGAGCUGGUUGGAGUCGUGGCAAAUCACUUCAAAAGUGAAAACCAUCGCCUGCAAGUAAACAUCACCAACCCUGUCCAGUGCAGCAUGCAUGGGCGAAAAUGCAGCAUCUCAGUGAAAACCAAAAUCAACCAAUCAGAGCCAAACUUCAUCAAGGAUCGGACAGGUUUCAUCCUCUGGGUACCUGAGAAUUAAUUUUACUCUGUCACUAAGCAUCCUUCCACAAUCUACUGAUGCCUUCAAUCUUAGUGCCUUGAGUCUUAUGGGGGAAGGGAUAUGAAAGUAUUGAUCUGUGACACACAUCUAGACAUUGUUAAUGAAUCGAGAAUUUGAAAUGCUUCCUCCAUUAAGCAAACUAUGAUUUUAAAUUAUUAUAUGAUCCAUUGUGUACCAAAGUGGCUUUUAUUAAUGUAUUAUCCAGAUAUAUAAAAUUAUUGUAGAACUAAGAGUUGAGACUGCGAUGGAAGUAACCAAAAGUUUGUAUGAGAAUUAACAGAAGGACCCACUUUGGAUUUUACAAAUACUAAAUCUUAAUUUAUAAAUGGGAAAUAUAUUUGGGGGAAAGAGAUUUUCUGUAAGAGAGUGAUAAGAGGCUGGAAAUUAUUUCCCUGUAAGCUACUCCAUCCCUUCAGUGCUCUCUCUGUCUCCCUCCUUCCCUCCCCUCUCUCCCUCCCCUCUCUCUCCCUCCUUUCUCUCUCCCUCCCCCCAACUUACUUCAUAUGUUAUAGUGGGGAAAAUAGGAGAAGGGUUGGGAUAUGUUCACUGCCUUAUUUGUAAAAAUAAUAAAGGUGGGAUACAAAUUUUUAAAAAUGUUCCCCAUCCCCCGUUCCUUUCAAUAUUCAGUUUCGCUCAGAUUCUCCUUCAUGAUUGAUUGUCAGAUGCUACUCCUAUUGCAAGCAUUGGAGUCCAAAGCUUGGGCCAAUAUAUAAUGUGCUUUCUUUGAGCAGCUGGCAUUAUUCUGGCCAGCUUAGACUUGUAGUUAGUUGCCUUUUGUUGCUUGUACAGCCCUCUGCUGAGGUGUAGUUAUAGCCUUGUUAACAAGGCUUUGUUUCUUCUUCUGCCAAAAGAAACAUGUUUUAUUUUACAUUGAUGGAGAGCACUUCCAGCAUCUUAAAACAAGGGAGGAGAUUGCUAUUUUGAACCAUUUAAAGGUAAAUAAUUGUAAACCUGACACUGCUGGACAGGUCGGGACUUAAAUAAUGAUAACUGCACACAGCCUAAGAAUAAAGCAAUGAUGGUAGAGCUAAUUGCUUCAGUCUGCCUGCUUUUGUUUUAAGUGUGUGAAGGCAGCACUUACCGUUUCUGUGAGCUGGGGCACAAAAUGGCAAACAAAUGUUGCUUAACUAGCUAGCUAGAAGUCCUGCUUGCUUCUGAGUCAUUCUUAAAUAUGGUUCAUUUCCUAAGUAGGAUUAUCUGCCUCUGCCCAAGUUGAGUUAUUGCUCUUCUUUUCAAAUUAGCUUUUCAGUGAAAAGGAUUGCUAUCUCUACUCCUUUCUUUUCCCUUCCUUUUCCCAUUGAUUAGCCCAAUCUUCUAGUAUCUCCAAGUGCUUUUAAAAGGGCUUCUUCAACCAAGUGCCUUCCAGGUAGGGAAUCUCAUUCUAAAUCCCAAUCCCUACCCAGAAACUAUCUGGCUGUAAUUUAAGCGAAAGGAAAUGAAAUGCAGAUGGAAUUUACAAACAGAAUAGGAGUUGCCCUGGAAGAUCAAUGUAAGUUAGAAAUCUCUUCAUGUGUUCUCUUCUUCGUUCCCCCAAAUGCCAGUACAUCCAUGAUGAAAAGCAAGUGGUAGAGCCUAAUCCUUCAUUUCAACUAAAAAGCAAGCUAGCUUUUGAUCAGUCCAGCUACCUAGACUGAACAUUUAUGGUCCUAUCGCUACUGCCAAUAGAAAAAUGGAUUGCCUCAAAUCCCUGGUGCCUUCAAACGUUUACUUUCAAAGCAGCCAAAUUAGCCUCAGUUUUAAAAUUAGCACUUUUAUUUAACAUCCCAAAAUAAAGGCUGGAUUUGAAUGAUGACCAAAUUUAUGAAAACUGUAUGAAAGAUGAAAUCUUUCCAUACCAACAUACAAAUCUAUUAAGUUGAUUAUAUAAUGUGUAAUUAAGUAUUUUGAUUUAAAUGAAUUAACAGUAUUUCUGACUUUUGAUUUAUGCGUGGGGCAUACAUUAUUCUGUUUGAUUUAACAAAGGUAGUUUCUGCUACCAAAACAGGAAGAGGAUAUUCCUCCUCCUCACUGUGCUUUGCAUUGCAUCCAGUCAGCAGGGGGUAUUGAGAACUGGGCAAGGGGCUCCAGAGGGAAGAAAAUCUAAGUGUAUGAGCUGCUCAUAUGAUACUGGAUUCUAAUAUGUGUAUUUCUGGGUUUUAUCUAUAAAUUAACUAUUUCUUAAUUGUAUGCCUGAUGAAUGAGGUAAUCAUGUAAUUAAUAUUUUAAAAUAGUUUACACAGAAAUAUGGACACAAAUUCUAUUCAUAAUUAAGAUGUAUUUUUGUUUACAUAAUUGAAAUAAAAGGACUCUCAUUUA